AUAGUUCGCCAAUUGAGUUCUCUGCUUCUACUUCGGUGUAUUCUAGUCGUGCGAUCUUAAGUUCUUGGUCUCAAUAGCCAAGCGCCUAGACUAGACAGAAAAUAUAAGAAAAAAAAAAAAAAAACAAAAAAACUAAAGGCUGAAAAGUGAAAACUCUGAUUUCAGUUGGAAAGUUAUUUUUAAAAAAUAUAUUUUUGGAAUUUUAAUUUCUUUCUCGAUGGCCGCGGUGCCGCUUGCAAUCAUGUUGAAGAAGUGCGAGAAAAAGUUUUGAAUAUUUAAAAGUGUUUUCGUUUCUUCAUUAGUGUUUAAAUUAAAAAAAUUGAAAAUUGUGAAAUUUUUGGAAACAAAAUUUGUGUGAGAAAAUAUUUAACAUUGAAAGUUCGAAAAUAAAGGCGGGCAAAAGUGUGAUUCGUAAAUAUGUCUAAAAAAUCUAAGGAUAUUGCACAAUUUUUGUGCCUGGCGCUGCUGCUGUGCGUGGCCGCCACCGCAAGUGCGCAACAACAACACUACGUGGAUACAUUGAGUGCUGAUGUAUUCUAUGAGCAUCUGGAGGGAUCAGUGGCACCGAUUCAUUAUUUGAAUGAUGGUGAUAGCGAAUAUGUAGCUUUGGAUUUGGAUAGACCCAUGAAUUUUUACAGUGAAAAAUAUGAUAAACUCUUUAUCAACACUAACGGCAUAUUGACAUUCAACAUCGAAUUUCCCGAAUAUAUCAACCAACCAUUCCCGCUGGAGUAUCCAUCCAUUGCACCCUUCUACGCCAAUGUUGACACUACGCUCGCUUAUAAUAUAACAUCAAUAUCAGUCUUUGAAUCGGCGGAAGCGCCACAACUACAAAGAGCGAGCGACUUGGUGAAAUAUGUAUUUCCAGAAAAAUCAGAAUUCGUGGCAGAUAAACUGAUUGUGGCCACUUGGAAAAAUGUGGGGCACUUUAGUGCUAAGAAUGAUAAACUCAAUACCUUUCAGGCGGUAUUGAUCGCCAAUGAGGAGGAUACUUUUGUGCAAUUCAUUUAUGAGCAUAACGGCAUUAAUUGGCUGCAAGGUGAGACGGGUGCUUUGGGCUUGCCAGACAUACGCGCGCAGGCUGGCUUUAUCGCUGAAGAUGGACGUUACUAUUACAUCGACGGUUCCGGCACUGACAGUGCUCGCUUUGGCUUUACCGAAAACUCGAAUAUUGGCGUACCUGGUGUUUGGUUGUUCCACGUUGGCGCUUUGGAUGAAACAACAAAUGUGCAAACGCCCACUGAUCAGGAGGGUCUCAAUGUAGCUCCACAAAUGCCCACCUGCGCAGAAAGUGGCCACAAAACAUGUAGUUUCAAUUCUGACUGCUACGAUAAAUUAGAUGGCUUUUGUUGCGUCUGUCGUGAUGGCUACUAUGGCAAUGGUAACGCUUGUCUGAAAACCGAUUAUCCCAUACGCGUCACUGGCUCUUUGGCUGGGGAAAUAAAUGGACAAUUGAUAGAUGAACGCGCCAAGUUGCAGUCUUAUGUGGUAACUGCCGAUGCACGCAGUUACACUGCCAUCAAUCCGGUUAGCGCGGAGUUGGGCGCCCAAUUGCGUCUAGCCGUACCCGUUUUUAGCGCCAUUGGUUGGCUUUUCGCCAAGUCAUUGAAUGGUGUAGCAAAUGGCUAUCAUUUGACCGGUGGUCAUUGUGUGCACAUGUCGAAGGUACGUUUCGAUACUGGCGAGAUUUUGAUUGUUAAUCAGACAUUCGAGGGACUCAAUUAUUGGGAUCAGCUGUCCGUUAAGCUCGAACUUUUCGGUGAUGUGCCGCGCGUGAGUGGCAAUGCUAAAUUGCAUAUGGCUGAUUAUGUGGACGAGUACAAGUUUGUGUCGGCAAAUGAGUUGUAUUCCGCGCAUGCGCAUAUUAUUGAAAUUCCCGAAGAGAAUCGUGUCAUCAACUUGCAACUUGAGCAGUCCAUUUUCUUUCACAGCUGUCGACUCGAUCACGAAGAGUCGCCGACAGGCAAAAGUGUUUUGCAAAAAGCUUUGAAGAUUGUUUUGGAUUAUUUCGAGCGCGAUCAGGCUUUGCGUACCAGUGUGUUGACUAAGAUUGGUGUUGAUGCCGAAUCGAAUGCUUGCACCGACGGUAGUGCUAGUUGUGGCGAGAACACAGUGUGUGUGCCGUAUGAGGAUACCUACCGCUGCGACUGCCGACAUGGCUAUGGACCUCAGUUGCAGGAGGAUGGCUUGGAGGUGUGUUUGGAUAUUGAUGAGUGUUUGCUGCAAACACAUGUUUGUGAUGAAAAUGCUUUGUGCACCAACAACGAGGGCGGUUUCACUUGUGUAUGUUUUGAUGGGUUCGAGGGAAAUGGUUAUCGCUGUUUGAGAAAUGACUCCGUGCUUGAGGAGCAACAGGAAUACACACCAGAUUACAUCAUUAGUGGUAAUUACCAGGAUGAGUGCCAGCGCUGUUCUCAUGACGCUGACUGCGUUGAGAGUCGUUGCCAAUGUCGCAGUGGUUUUGAGGGAAAUGGCUAUGAAUGCAAUCAAAUAUGCGGUCACGAUCAAGUUUUGGAAAAUGGCCGCUGUGUACGGAUUAUGCCAGAUGAACAUCAAAUUGAGCCGCAGUGCAACUUUUUAGGCGAUUGUAUGUGCCCAGAUGGUUACGAGUUGAGCGAGGAUACCCAAAUGUGCCGCUACUCGUCGCAAUAUAACACUGACUUUAAGUCAGAUGAAUUACUACCCUGUGAUGUGGAUGCCAACUGCCACAUUAACGCCACCUGCGAGUGGUACGAAAAUGAAAUGCGUCAUGCUUGCACCUGCAAUCACGGCUUCCAAGGCGAUGGCUACAACUGCGAAAUCAUUGACAAUUCCUGCGCCUAUAAUGCUGAUGUUUGUGAUCCUCAUGCCUAUUGCGAAUACAAUGAGUCCCGUUGCAUCUGCGAGGAUGGCUAUGAAGGCGAUGGAUACCGCUGCCAACUGGCACCCGAUUGCCGUGACAAUUCAACCUGUGGUCAGAAUGCUUUCUGUGAUGCUGGCGUCUGUCAGUGUCUAGCCGGGUACGAGCGAGAUGUAUCGGAUAUUUGCGUGCCAGCUGGUCGUUGUGGCCCAGUCUUCUGUGGUGCAAAUGCGAUCUGCAAGUGGGAUUCGAUACAGGGUGUACAAUAUUGCGACUGCAUUGAGGGUUAUGAGGGUGAUGCGUUGGAAGGUUGCCGCAGCAUACCACCACCGUGCAAUGUGCGAAAUAAUUGUGGUGUACACGCGACCUGUGAGCCUACCGACGAUCCUGCCAGGUAUGAGUGCCAGUGCAAUGCCGGUUUCCACGGUGAUGGCUAUGUUUGUGUGGAGGAUAAGAACUGUCUGAAUACGCCACAAAUGUGUGACAUGAACGCCAAAUGUUUGUCCACCAAUAAUGGUUUGGUCUGUGUCUGCAACCAGGGCUUCUAUGGCAAUGGCUCUAUUUGUUUGGAACGCCAACAACACGAAUCGGGUUUUCUGCUCGUGAGCCAAGGUGUAGUUAUUGUGCGCGUACCGCUGAGUGGUAAAAAUGUGAAACCAAUUUCGGUUGCUUCAAUGGCUAUUGGACUUGAUAAGGAUUGUGUCGAGGGACGCAUUUACUGGGGUGAUAUUUCAUCAAAGAAAAUCAUCAGUGCCAAGUAUGAUGGAACAGAUGCCAAGACAUUCUUAGAAGAGGAUAUUGAAUCACCAGAAGGUAUUGCCAUCGAUUGUAUUUCACGACGCAUCUAUUGGACUGAUUCAGUGAAAGACACCAUUGAGGUGGCCAGUUUGGAAGAUCCCACAUUGCGCGCAGUGUUGGUAAAUAAGAAUUUGGUAAAUCCUCGUGGCAUUGCCGUCGAUCCGUACAGAGAAAAACUCUAUUGGUCCGAUUGGAAUCGCGAAUCGCCAAAAAUUGAAAUGGCCGAUCUUGAUGGCACCGGACGUGAAUUGUUGCUGGGCAGUGAUGCUGUCAAUCUACCCAAUUCACUGGUCAUACUCGAAAGUAGCGGUGAGCUUUGCUAUGCUGACGCGGGCACGAAGAAGGUGGAGUGCAUCGAUUCCUACUCCAAGCAAUUGCGCACGAUUUCCAAUGACCUAACCUACCCAUUCGGCUUGACGUUCACACACAAUCAAUUCUACUGGACUGAUUGGACAACAAAAAAGUUGGAAAGCGUCGACACUUUCGGUAACCGCCAAAAGGGCAUUCAGACGCCUUUCUUCGGCAGCCACAAAAUGUACGGCAUGACUGCCAUCGAGGAUAGCUGCCCUCAACUUACCAGCGCCUGCCAGAUCAGCAAUGGUGGCUGUGUUGAUGCCCGAAUUUGCUUGGUGAACAGCAAAGCGCCUUCGGGCAAGAGCUGCAAGUGCACCACUAAGUCGAAGACCUGCAAUGUGCCGCAAUAUGGUGUGCCAUUUUAGAGCAGCGACGAUUUCUUUCUUAUAUAUUUAACAAAUCCAAACACUAAAAAACUUAAUUUAUUCGAAUUUUUGCCCUUAAUGCAAACAUUUUUAUUACACACAACAACAACUUAAAUUAUAUGGCACAAACUUCAUAACUAAAAGAUGUUUUUUUUUAAUAAAGCGAUUAUUUGUAUUCACAUAAAUUAUAUACACACACAUGGAAGAUGAAACAAAAAAUUAUUUAUAAAUGUAAGCUAAAACACCAAUGAUUUAUUUUUUUUUUGUAAUUUUUUAUAAAUACGUGUGAGUGCGUAAUAGUCCAUAGAAAUGUGUUCGAAAAUAUAUUUAUAUAUUUUUUGGUAAAUCUAAGA